AUGCCUUGGAACGAUCGCGCCACCAUCUUCCUGCGUGCUGCAGAACUUCUUAGCGGCAAGUACCGUUACAGAUUGGCCGAGAUCGAUGCUGCCGCAGAGGUGUCUUUCCGUUUCGGCGUCAAAUGUGUCGAGGAGCUCUACACACAACAGCCUCCUAAGAACGCAGCAGGAUCAUGGAACUGCGUCGAGUAUCGUGCGCUGGAAGGCUUUGUUCUCGCAGUUUCGCCAUUCAACUUCACAGCGAUCAGUGGAAACCUUCCAGGUGUUCCCUCAAUCGUCGGUAACACAGUCGUAUGGAAACCUUCACCAGCAGCCACGUAUUCCAACUACUUGAUCUAUCAGAUCCUCGCGGAGGCUGAUGUUCCACCCAGCGUCAUUCAGUGCAUUCCAGGCCAUUUCCAGAAGUCAUCGCACCCCCAACUUUGCUGCGCUCCACCUCACAGGCAGCACGUUUAUAAUCAAGAACCUAUGGAAAGACAUCACCGCAAAUCCGGACAAGUAAAAAGGUAUCCGAGAAUCGUCGGUGAGACAGAAGGAAAGAACUUCCGUGUCAUCUACAAGUCGGCAGAGAUCCGAAAUGCAGUUUUGCAGAUCAUUCGAGUGAGCGAACGACGGUGUAACUACAUACCAACUAUGUCUCAACACCAAAUUCAACUUGGUUGUAUCUGGCGUCGCACGAUUCUUCGGUGGAGACGAAGCCGUACAAGCCAUAUUGACUAUCCACUGAUACAAUGCUCUCAGUGGCUUCGCCGUCGUCAAGUGCCUGAGCACCAUCGGGUCUGAAACGCACUUUUCUCUGGGCUUGACGAAAAGCCAUAAAAAGUUCUCGGGCUAAACAAGCAGUUGAGUCCUAAAAACAUCGCUUCUCUUGUAACCCAGAUGAACAAGGAGGCCCCCAAAGGCCGAUGUACCACACUGUCUAACAGUUUGGUUGAUAUAUGAUUGUACCUGACAGGCACCUCACUAGUAGUUGCCGGACAUUUGUGCGCUGCGUGGGUAUGAUAUUAUAAGUAGUUGUAG